AUGUUGACUAAGGUUGUUACCUUAGAGAAGUUGAAGCUUUGCAUAGCUUCAACUAGUCUUCAGUUAGGAUGGAUUAGAAUUGAUUAUUUGAUCUAUAGUUCAUGGGAGAAGGGGAACCAAAAUGCUCUCAAGGGAUACGAAAGGUCCAAGAGAGAAGGAGGUGAUCAAUCAGGCGGAUGGACAGAGGUCCGUCGAAGAAACAAAACUCCGCAGGACACAAGAACAGUUGUAACAACAUAUUAUGUUUCUAAUCUGCCAGAUAAUGUAUCGAAGUUAAAGAUCAUGAACUCCUUUCAAAAGUUUGGCAAGCUAGUUGAUAUUUACAUUGGUGGUAAAAGAGACAGAUCAGGAUCGAUCUUUGCGUUUGUCAUAUUUGAAGUAGUUAGAGAUGUGAAACGAUUGGAAUAUGAAAUGGGUAGAAUUAGAUGUGGUCAUUACAUACUCAGGGUGAACGUGGAGAAAUAUCAGAAACAAGAUACUCUGGAAAAUAAAGACAACACAAAGAUAGCUGCUCCACAAAUGAUAAUGAAAACCGACACAUGGCGUCCGACCAAUCAAUCGCUAUCCUUCGUAGAUGUUGUACGUGGAACAACGGUGAAACACUCAGCAAAUGAGGUUAAGCACAUUAAUAUCAGGCCAACUGGUUUCUCAAAAUGUAGUCAUGACUAUGUAAUGGUUAAUGAAGCUAUUAACAUUCAAAUAAUUGGGGAGUUACCUAUGAUUCUUUCUUUGGAAGGUAACCAUGAAACUGCAAUUCAUUACAUCGGUGGCAUGAAUGUUAUUUUAAAAUUUGUAAAUUCCAAAGCGACGAAGGUAUUUCAUGAGAACCAGCACAACUGGAAUAGAUGGUUUAAAUGGAUAAAAAUAAGGUUCAACGAUGACCUGAUAUAUGAAAGAUUAACAUGGGUAAGAAUUCUUGGUUUACCUAUCAGAUUUCGUUCAUUUGGAAAUUACAUGAAGGCUGCAAAUGCAUUUGGAAAAGCGCUUGAUUCUUCAUGGACUAAAAGCGAUGUUUCCUUUGGUAAUAAGAAAUAUAAAGUUGGUGUGGUGGAGUGUGAUGGAGACUGGUUGCCUUUUGAUAACCCAAGCACUACCACUGAAAUUCAUGACACCAAGGUUGUCGAUGAAGAUGAUGAGAUGUAUGAAGACAACUGUAUAGAAGAAGAUGAUUAUGAUGAUGUGAAUGAUUCUGAUGAGGACGGAAUAUCAGCAACAUGGGAAGUGCCAAUGCAUGUAAAGAAUAUUAUUCAAGAUGGGAAAAUUAUUAAAGAAUCAUGA